AUGCUCAUCCUUGCUCCCGCCGAUCCUGACCGAUUUGGACCCCGCGGACGAGGGCAGGUGCGAGCGCGUGCUCGCGGACGCGGGCGCGGGCGUGGCAUCUCCGGACCUCGGCCCAACUCGGCACCCAAGCCUGCACCCAAGCCUGCACCCAAGCCUGCACCCAAGCCUGCGCCCAAGCCUCGACCACCGGUUCCGUCGCGCAAGCCGGUGCCCGGGACCGACCGUCGGUCGGUGGCGCUGAGCCGCCGGUCGAUGGCGCCAUCGGCCUUUGUCCCGGUCCCGCCGCCCAAGCCACGGCUCACCUCUAUGGCGCACAUAGCCGAGCUGCUGGCCGAAGCCGACGUCCUCGACGCUCCGAAUUCAAGCCUUGACCGGGACUCUGAGCCGGAUUCGGCCCCGCCACUAUCACCAUCGGCGCAUUCGCUCCCGCCCUCGCCUCUGACGCCUGCUGAGCAAGAGGGCAAGCGGCCGAAUAGCCUCGCCACGCUCACCAAGGUCAAGUCCAUGUUCCGAAAGGCCAAGAACCGGGUUCGUGACCGCAUGCUCGCCAUGAAAGUGUUUGUGCCCAAGUCAGACGGGACCGAAGUCCCGCUCGGCGAUGGCGAGCUCUUCCACUCAUUCCUCGAGAAACGCGGCGGGAGCUCGGUCCUCACCCACUACAAGUACCGCUGGGUUGUCCUCAAGCCGACCGCGCUCGAGUACUACGUCCCGCUGGCCAUGGCAGAGGCCGCCGCCGCCGGCGACCCCACCGCCGUUCCUCUCAAGGGUGGCCUCGACCUCACCGAUGGAUUUCUCGUCGUCGAGCUCCUCGGCCCGCCGCCCAAUACGUCGUCGACCAUCGCACCGAACGCCGCCUACUUUGAAGUCUAUACUCCGAACCGCUCGAUGCUCUUCCGUGCCCGUGACCCGGCGCUCCGUGAGCUCUGGAUCGAGCGCCUCGACAGGCUGCAGGCCACACUACCGCAGCUCGAUCCCGCGAUCGUCCUACCGCCUGAAACGCCUGGCAUUGAGCCCAUGGACCGCGUCCGCUCCUUUGUCUCGCGCGUCAAGGCCAGGGUCCGCCGUCCGGGCGCCGAGCCUGCCGAGCCGCGACCGGACGCCCCGCCCGGCGCCGUCGGCUACGUUCCGGGCCCGGACGCCGUUUUUGGCGUCCCGCUUGCACAGCUCACGACUGCCACUGCCACCGCUGCCGACCCGAUUCCUGCCUUUGUCGCCGCCGCCCUUGCUCAUCUCACUGCGCACUCGCUCGAGCUCGACGGCCUCUUCCGCAUCUCGGGCAACCAACGGUUGCUCGACGACUUUGUUGUCCUCGUCAACACCAGGUCGUUUGCCGACGGCGACUUUGCCGCAUACCCGGUCGUUUUCUCUGACCCGCACAUUGUCGCCGCCGCCCUCAAGCUCUACCUCCGCCUUCUCCCCGAGCCGCUCUUCCCCUUCUCGCACUACGAUGCGUUUGUGGCUGCCGCAAAGAUAUCCAACCACGCCGACAAGCUACAGGCCCUCUUCUACGCUGUCGCCUCGCUCCCGGACGACAACUACCUGCUCACCAAGGAGCUGAUGGCCUUCCUCGCUCGCGUCGCGUCGCACGAGCCGUCCAACCGCAUGGGCGCCUCCAACCUCGCCGUCGUCUUUGCACCCAACAUCCUCCGCCCGGCGGUCGAGUCGAUCGCCAACCUCAUGGACAUGCAGCAGCAGUCUGAAGCCGUUCAGCUCUGCAUCGAGUACCACGACUAUCUGUUCCAGGAGCCGGAAGAGUAGCUCGUCACCCAUCGCGUUCGCGCAGCAGCCGCGCCAGCUCCUGCCGCUGCUCCGCGCGGGCCUGCGCGAUCGCCUCGGCCUUGAGGCUCUCCGACGGCGGCCGCCGCAGCGAGUCGGACCACCGCAUCGUCGCCGCCACAGCCGC